AAUCACAAAACACAAAAACGUCUGACAAAAUCAAAGGUCAAAUCAAUUUCAUACAAAAGAAACAAAAGAUCAGUGAGAACUCAAAAGGUUAGAUAAGAUACAGAUUUAGGAAUAGACAGUCAAAUAGGGACAACCAAUCAGCUAAACAAAGAGGACAAAGUACAGGUGUAGAAAUGGAUCCGCGAAAACCUAUGUACCGAUUGCCAGACUUUAGACGAAGGCUGACAUCAGGGAGACAGCCGACACCAUUUGCUCCAAUGCGGCCAAUAGUGAUGCGGCCAAUAUUGCCUGGAGGAGCCGAACACUAUUAUCAACCGCUUGACGGAGUGCGACCACAAACCUCUAGAUUGCCGUCAGUGGCCAAUUGGUCAGAAAUAUGGACAGAUGAGAACGAUAUGGGCACCGAUCGGCACAAUCAGCCGCAAUUAAAUGAGUUAAACGAACCAAAAGCACUACCGGAUGCUCAGCUCGAGUAUCUGAAACAAGAGAGACCGGGACAACUGUGGCGUAAUAUACAGUUUUUCAAAAAACUACAAGAAGGAGGUUUUGGUGCGGUUUGGGAUGUGACAGCCGAACGACGAACCGGUAGCAGAUGGGAAGCGCCGACACUGUUCCAGCAUAAAGUGGACAGCGGUCCGAGACAUUCGUUGCUGUGGAAAAAGAUACGCCUGGCUUGCAAAGUAAUGAGCUGUCCUCCCACUUGGGCUGGCAAUUGUCAAGGUAUUGUCGAUACCAUGUUGGCCGACAUGCAUGCGCUCAGGUAUUUGAAACAUGAAAAUAUUGUCCAAUUUCAUGAUAUCAUAAAUAUACCCGACUCGCAGACUGGCUUUCCCUAUGCAUUUGUGGUGACACUAAUGGAUCUGUGUAAUGGAGAUUUGUAUGGUUUGCUUGAUGAACAAGAACCAAAUUAUUGCUUCACUAACACGCAAACUGUGGCCUGGCUUAAACAGAUUGCCUCAGCGCUCCGGUAUCUGCACGUCGACAUGCGUACAGUUCAUUUGGAUAUCAAACCUGAGAACAUACUGUACGUUAGUCGGCCCGGACUACCUAUCGAUCAAUGGAUCUACAAACUGACCGAUUUCGGUAUGACCAUCAGCUACAACAACAACAAAGGCGAUCCAAUGGUGUCGGCCGUCAAAGCCGGUACCAAAGAAUUCAAUUCGGACGAAAUGAAUGCCAAUUGUCGUCUACCAGUUGCUCAACCGAUUGACACUUGCGCUGUCGAUAUCUAUGCAUUGGGCGCCACAGUAGCCAACAGUAUACUCGGACAUAUGGAUUUCGAAAAUGGUCGGCUCAGUCCUCCAAUUCUGGCCAAACGAAUGACGAUAGGUAUGCCAGAACCGUCUCGUAAUCUAUAUAGUAUGACAAUACGGAUGCUUGCAACCGACCCACAGGCCAGGCCAACCAUUGAAAAAGUGUGCGCCAUUUUGGACUAUAUAUAAUCGAUUAGGAGUAAUGAAAAACACACCAAAAACACAAAA